CCUCAUCCCAUGUGAGUUUAGCAGUUCAUCAGCGCGAGAGGUUUAACUAGAAAUGGCGGUCAAGUUUUUAGUUCUUCUCAGUGUUGUUCUGGCCUCUCUCAUUGUCUUCCAGGAAGUGGCAUAUGCUAGAGAGCUUACCGAGGCCAACGAGACUGAGGGGAAGAACGUUAAACAAGGAGGAGCACCUGAACUAAAGGAUGAGAAGUGGGGAGGUGGAUACAAUGGUGGAUAUGGACAUGGCGGUGGCUAUGGUGGUGGGUAUGGACAACCUAGCUAUGGUGGUGGAUAUGGGCAACCUGGUUAUGGUGGUGGCUACGGAUCUGGAUAUGGUGGAGGAUACCACCAUGGCCAUGGUGGAGGGUAUGGGCCUGGAUACGGUGGGGGUUAUGGACCCGGAUAUGGUGGAGGUUACGGAUAUGGACACGGUGGCCCUGGAUACGGAUAUGGUGGUGGGUAUGGCGGAGGAUACGGUGGUGGUUAUGGUGGAGGAUAUGGUAGUGGUGGCGGGUACGGAGGAGGUGGGGGCUAUGGAGGCGGAUAUGGUGGUGGCCACGGUGGCCGGAACUAAGAAGCACUACUACAUAAGUUUCUCUAUGUCCAACAACAAUAAGUGCUGAUGAUACAUUUGAAUGUUGCAUGGUGGUUUCGUGAUGCAAAUCAUGUCUAUAUGGUAUAAAACAUGGUACAUGGACUGUUCUAUAUGUUGCACGAAAUAUUGUAUUAGUACAAGAACUUUGUAUGCAGCUAUUACCAUGUAUUGUAGUGUGCAUGUAUCUGGCUUUUGGAAUAUGUACCUCAUCAUUUAUGGACUUUUAUAUUCCUAUAAAUAAAAUAAAAUAAAGUAUCAUGUA